AUGGAAAGAAGCUUACGAGGAUCAACAAAGAAAAAGAAAAACAGCUAUUCGAUGAAGGUCAUUAUAUUAUUAUCUGUUGUUGCUGUGGUCAGCGUUCAUUCAUGGACAUUGGAUUAUGCUGGUGCUAAACAAAUAUCAUCACCACAUUUCAAUCGUGGACGUCAAGGUCAAGCCAUCACAUGUUUGGUUCUCCAUGGGACAGCUGGCGGUGGUACAAUUGAAUGGUUUCAAAAUCCAACAAGUAAAGUUUCUGCACAUUAUGUUGUUGGACAAGACGGAUCGGUUACGCAAAUGGUUAGCGAAGAUGAUACAGCUUGGCAUAAUGGCGUUAUAACACCAAACUCACAAUUUAAUGGUCGUCCCAACCCAAAUCUAUGGUGUAUUGGUAUUGAAUUCAGUCGUAAUGUUCAAAAUAAUAAUAUAAUGCCUGAAGCACAAAUUGUAGCAGGUGUUAAAUUAGUUGCUGAUAUCAAACGUCGUUACAAAGGUAUUAAUAUUUAUACACAUGAUCAAUUUAACGUUGGACGUACAUGCCCGGGUCCAAAUUUUCCACUUGCACGAUUCAAAAAUGCUUAA